AAAAAUGAUAUAGGGGGAGGAAAUCAUGAAGGUCUGCAAAAAUUCAGAUUCCUCCCACAAAUAAUUCAUUCAUCUCGUUAUCCCCGUGCAUCUGUCGACAAAAGGUGCAUCAAAUACUUUAUAAACAAUCGGGAAACACCUGGACGUGUUGUCAAAGAAAUGUGGAGUGUAGUUGUUGGUGUCGAAGACAUUUGGUGUCCAUUGAGAAGGGUUUAGAGAUUGAAAUAAGGUAUAAAGAUGGCGGAUUGUGCAUCGGAGGUACGGCUUUCGUCAGCGAGUAACGAUUGUGGAUUGAAUCAAAAUAUAACAAUGAUUAACAAUGGACGUGUACCACAGCAUGGUAUCAACACUCAGAAUCCAAUUGGUCAAGGACCCCGAAGUGUUACUAUUUACAAAACUGAAACUGGUUUUGGUUUCAAUGUACGUGGACAGGUGAGCGAGGGUGGUCAAUUGAGAAGUAUAAAUGGUGAACUUUAUGCACCACUUCAACAUGUAAGUGCUGUUCUGCCCCAUGGGGCUGCUGAAAAAGCUGGAGUGAGAAAAGGGGAUCGAAUUCUGGAAGUGAAUAAUAUUAAUGUGGAAGGAGCCACUCAUAAACAGGUGGUAGAUCUGAUAAAAUCAGGGGGCGAUGUUCUGACGUUGACUGUUAUCUCGGUGACGCCCCAGGAGGCCGAACGACUGGAGCCGUGUGAAGAUUUAAGUUAUCAAUCAGUGGAUUACAGUGAGAAACGCUCUCUACCAAUUAGCGUGCCAGAUUAUCAUGUUCGUGAACGUAGAUACGAGAGAUAUGUUGUAUUCAAUGUGUAUAUGGCAGGUCGUCACCUCUGCUCCAGGAGGUAUCGAGAGUUUGCUGCUCUACAGAUGGCACUAAAGAAAGAAUUCAUUGGAUUUAAUUUUCCCAAGCUACCUGGUAAAUGGCCUUUCCAGUUGAGCGAGCAACAGUUGGAUGCUAGACGACGUGGACUCGAGCAGUAUUUGGAAAAAGUCUGUGCAGUGCGUGUGAUAGCCGAGAGUGAUGCAAUGCAAGAAUUUUUGACUGAUAGAUUGGAGGAGGAUGGGGAUCAAGGGCCAGCAGUUGAUUUAAAAAUACUACUGCCAGAUCGUGAGGUCGUCACUGUGACUGUUGCUAAAGCAGCACUGGCUAAAGACGUUUAUGAAGCGACGUGCUGUAAAAUUGGAUUGGACAAUGAAACCGCCAAGUAUUUUUACCUCUUUGAGAUUGUCGAGUAUAAUUUCGAACGUAAAUUGCAGCCUCACGAGCAUCCCCACACCCUAUAUAUCCAGAAUUACUCGACUGCCAGUGCCACGUGCCUGGCAAUACGUAGGUGGUUAUUCAACAUAUCUAGAUCAUUGAGUGAGCAGGCACUCACGUGGAUUUUUUGGCAGACUGUUGAUGAAGUUAAUCGUGGCCAUAUCAAUGCUGGAGAGAGACUGUAUCAGUUGAAAGCUCUGCAAGAUGCAUCGAGAAAGCAUGAGUACUUGAAAUUAGCUAGAGAACUCAGUGGCUAUGGGGAUAUUGUAUUUCCUCAUUGUGCAUGUGACUCUCGAAAAGAGGGACAUGUUAUUGCUGCUGUGGGGGCUGGAGCUUUUAAACUUCAUGCAGCUAAGGAAGAUGGAACACUAGAAUCUCAGGUUGUUGAGUUCCAAUGGAGAAAUAUCACGAGAUGGGAAGUGGAUGAAGAGGGAAUGGCUUUCUGUUUUCAAUAUACCAGACAGGACAAUCGACCUCCACGAUGGCUCAAAGUUUUCACUCCCUAUUAUACGUUCUUGCUGGACUGUUUCGACCGAAUAGCCGAGGAGUCAAAGUGGGAAGAGGGCGAGGAAUGACAAAGGAAAUCGUAAAUUGGAAAAACUAUUAUUAAUUUUUAUUCUCCCAAUUUGUACUGUAAAUUUUCAUCACUGUCCCAGCUUCGAUUCUUUCUUUCUCUUCAAUUUUUGUGCGACAAACUGGCUAGUCUACUUUAGAGUCAUUUACUGUCCUUUUUUGUAUAUACUUUAAUGAGGGAAAAUGAGAACAAUUGCAAUUGAAAUGGAUCAUUGAUGAGUGAAAAAUCAUGAUAGUUCUUGUUGCACUGUCGAUGAGAGUGGCACGUUUUAAAUAUUUAGUAUAACAAUUUAAAAAAUUGUUGAAAUUAUCGAUAAAGAUCUCGGUGACUGUACUGCGCUAAACGAAUUUUAUCGAACAGGGAGAGAAAAUCAGUAAAAGUAUUAGGUGAAAAUUAUUGAAUAAUUUUCAGAAGAGCAAGAGAAUUAACGGCUUAAUCGUAAUCAAUUAAUUGGCCUACUAAAGUCAUUAGUCUUAUAAAUUUGUUGAUGGUGAUGUUUGAAAUUCCAUUUAUGUUAGUGAUUGCAUGUUAGUCCCCUGCAAUAUUUGAACAAAGAAAAUUGGACGAUAUAUUCAGAUAAAUUAAAUGAAAUCACGUUGAUAAACAAAAUCAAUUUAUUUUUGUUCAAUUGUAUAUACUUAAUGUUCCUGAAAAAAUUCCAUUUCCAUAGCUUUUAUUUAUACAAUAAGUCAUUCAUUCCCAACCGCGAAUGCCAUUAUUUUUUUUUACUUUGUUUUUUUUUUCUUUCGGAUCAUUACACCUUGAAAUAAAAAAGACAAUGAUCUGCAAAAGGUAUUUGGCCUAUAGUACACUAGGCCCCCUCGCUAUAUUAAAUUACACAUUGUUAAUUGAAAAUGAGACAUAUUUUUGCGUUUUAAAAAUUAUGUUAUAAAAUUUACAAUUGUUAAAUUUUGUUGGUAAUGUAUUAAAGAAAAAAUGAAACACCAACGACAAUUAUAUACAUAAAUACAAAAAUCUGAAGUAGAGCACGUUGUAUUGAAAACACAUUUGCAUUUAUAAUUAAUAGCCAUAAUCUUUUCAUUUUUCUUCUUCUUUUCGACGUACAUUAUACAUACACGAUUUAGAACAAUGAAUAAUUGUAUUACUCAAGAGUAAACAAACAACAGACUAAUUCUUACGUAAAGAAUACACAUUUUUUCCUCAGAGAAAUACUAGUGUAAAGAGAGAUGAUAAA